GUGGAGCAGCUGGAGCGUGAGGAACAGGCCCAGAAAGAGAAUCAUUUCCAAAAUCAACAGCUGGAAAAGCAGCGAAAUGCCGAUUAUGAACGACUGAAAACGCAAAAUGCCCUCCUCAAUCUAAGACAGAAGAAAAAAGAUGACAGUGAAAGUGAUGUUGUAAGACUUCUAAAAGAACAGGUUGCCGAUCUUCGUGGAGUUGUACGUGAUCUGGAACGCCAGAGAACUGACAUGAGGGCACAGAUUCGAAAAAGCAGUUGUACGAUCAAGGAAAAAAAUGAUGCAAUCGAGCAACUGAAAGAAGAAAAGGAACGACUGGAAAAACGCCUUAACCUUCUUGCGAAUAGCAAAGCCACUUCUCGUGGAAAACAAGCACAGAAUGCGCUUUUUGCGCAAGCAGUUGCACGAUCAGCGAAUAGUGCAGCCGUAACGACAUCUACGAAAAAUUUAUCUGUGCCGAUUAAUGAUGCUGCAACGAAGAAUUUGACGGGACCAACUCGAAAUAAUGUUCAGGCCGACAAUGACAUUCGAGCAAACGAUGCUUCCGGCCGGGCACGUCAAGUAACUUUUGCGGAUAAUCCGGAUAUGUAUAGUGAUAGUGGUAGUGAUGUUGUCUGUUUGAACGGCAGACCAACAGAACAAAACAAUCGAACAUUGCCGCCGAAAAAUGUCCGCUGGAAUGAACCAUUGGCCACAACUGCAGCACCGCUGGACAUUUCACCGGUCUCUUCACAUUCUUCAGUUACGGCUGUGAAUUCAGAUAUGGUUGGUAAAUUAUUUUGGACAAGCAGGCGCAACAACCGUGGAAAUUGA